AUGGACGAUCUUACCUUACUCAAUCCAUGCACAGCCGAUGCACAGAAGGUUCUGGAACGGCUGGGUCAAUUUAUAAGCUGGUGCAGGAUGAAGUUCAAACCGAGGAAGUCAAGGAGUUUGACCAUGAAGAAAGGAAAGUUAGAUGAUAGGACACACUACACCGUUGGUGGUGAGGCCAUUCCAUCGAUAUCAGAUGCCCCUGUCAAGAGCUUAGGACGCUGGUUCGCAAAGGAGCUAUCUGAUAAGAACCAGAUAAAUGAGAUCCGAACAAUGGUAGAGGAUGGACUUAAGCGUAUCGAUAAAUUUACCCUCCCAAAUAAACUCAAGUUGUGGUGCCUAAAGUUCGGUCUCUUUCCAAGGAUCAUGUGGCCAUUGAUGAUGUACGAGAUUGCAAUGACGCAUGUCGAGAGGAUGGAGCAAAGAAUCUCAGUGCACAUCCGGAAGUGGCUUGGCAUCCCUCCAUGCACAACAAACAUAAGCUUCUAUGGCCAUUCCACAAAGCUGAAGUUACCCCUGAGCGCUCUUACAGAGGAGUUUAAAGUGAAGAAGGCUCACAUGUACUCGACACUUAGGGACUCCAGCGACCAGGUCGUUAGGGGGACUGUGCCAGACAUUCGCACAGGACGCAAAUGGAAUGCCCAGCAAGAAGUUGAGGAAAUGGAAUCUCGGCUGAGGCACAAGGAUAUGGUUGGGCCUACACAAACCAAUAGAGCAGGGCUAGGCAUGAAUCCAACCCAGUACUUCUUUAAGGCAAGCACAAAAAUGAAGCGGAAGAUGGUUUCUGACGAAGUCCGUCACAAAGAGGAGGAACGACGUGUCGCUAAAGCAGUUGGCCUUGUGCAGCAGGGAGCUUGGUGUCGAUGGGAGUGUGUAGAACCAAGGUCCCUAUCCUGGAAAGACAUAUGGAAAAUGGAAUCAGGCACACUCAAAUUUUUGUUACGAGCAACCUACGACGUUCUUCCUUCUCCUCAUAACCUGAAGAAGUGGGCCAAGACUGAGAACGAGAAUUGCCAUAGAUGUGGAAAGAAGGGUUCACUCAGACACAUUCUAUCAAAUUGUCAGGUGUCUCUGGUAGAAGGCCUGUAUACAUGGAGGCACAAUGAGAUCUUGAAAGAACUGAGCAAUGCCCUAAAGAUCACUAUUGAGAAAGCAAACCAGACAAAGCCAUUAAAAGCUCCAGCGAUGAUCUCAUUUGUGAAGGCUGGAACAAGUACUGGAGCCAACAGAAAAGCUAGACAACACACAAGUAGGCUCCUUUGUCUAGCAAGAGAUUGGCAAUUGGUCUCAGACUUGGAUGAGCAGAUGACCUUUCCCAGUGAGAUUGCGACUACCAACAUGCGACCAGAUAUGGUAGUCUGGUCGAAGCAGUCCAAGUCUGUCAUCAUCUGUGAACUGACUGUGCCAUGGGAGGAGAACAUUGAGACGGCCCAUGAGUACAAGACGUCAAAAUAUGCCGGACUUAUCCUAGAAUGUAAGGAGAGGGGAUGGAAGGUAGACUACUACCCAGUAGAGAUUGGCUGCAGAGGUUAUGCGACAAAGUCUCUCCAUUUCUUCCUCUCAAGAAUGGGGACAACCAAGAGAAGGAAGCUGGCUUUGGACUUAAUGGAGAUCGCCACAAGGUCCUCAGCCUGGAUUUGGAAUAAAUAUAAAGCCAACUUACCAAACAAGCAGCUGGAGGUGGCAUCUUGUAUUGAUGCUGCUGGCCCGCCUCCUGCCACAUAG